AUGGUAGACACCUCUGAGGGUCCUCACGUAUAUAAUCCCCAAGUGGGGGAAGAUCGAAAACCACAGAUUGGGAUGGAAUUUCCAUCAUUGGAGGAAGCCUUCGCGUUUUAUAAUCAAUAUGCGCGUGAAUUCGGCUUUAGUGCAAGAUUAGGCAACAGUAAGAAGAAUAAGCGGACAAAUGAAGUUGGAUGGAAACAAUUUGUAUGCUUUAAAGAAGGACAUACAGAUGAAAAAUGGGAAAAAGUUGCUCAAGUUGACAGUGUAAAGGAAAGAGCACGUGGGGAAGUAAGGACUGGAUGUAGGGCAAAACUAUCACUUGUUAAAGAACAGACCGGGGCAAAUUGGAUUGUCACUAAAUUCUUGGAAAGUCAUAAUCAUCCACUCUCAACACCUUCGAAGGUGCAUUUUCUCCGCUCACAUCACCAUGUUUCUGAAGCCAAGAAAGUUUUGACGCAGCAGUUUGCAGAAGCUAAUAUCCCAACUUGUCAACAAGUCCGAUUAUUGGAGAUAGAUUCCGGAGUCCUUGAGUUUCUAGGUUGCACGGAACGGGAUAUUAGAAACUUUGAGAGAGAGUUAAGGGAUGAACAAAAGGGAAUUGACGUUGAAACACUGAUUGAGUUUUUUGCGACUGAGAAAGAGAAGAAUUCCGCCUUUUUCUAUGCUUAUGAGAUUGAUUCAACAAGAAGAUUCACUAGGUGUUUCUGGGCGGAUCAUGUAUCAAGGAGGGCAUACAACGUCUUUGGAGUUAAUCAUCAUCAUCAGAGCAUCGUAUUCGGUUGUGCCUUUUUAAGUGAUGAGAAAACUGAGUCGUUUGUUUGGUUGCUUACAAAGUUCAUUGAAUCAAUGCCUAAAGGUCCACCAACUGUGAUUAUCACCGAUCAAGAUCCAGCGUUGACGAAGGCCAUUGGCCAGGUUUUACCUCAAACAGUGCAUCGGCAUAUGUUAGCAUUUUUCCGUAUCAACCAAGUGUUUCUACUGCCUGAUAAGUACAUAUUCAAUCGAUGGACAAGAAAUGCCAAGGUGGGGGCAAUCUAUGACUUUGGUGCACAAACUUCCAUCGACACUCCAGAUGCGAAGUUGAUGGCAAGACACUCUAGGCUAUCCUAUAAAGCUUCAGUAGUUAUUGAUGUUGCAUCUUUAACUGAUGAGGGGACAAACAUGUUGGAUGAUCAAUUCGAUUGUAUAUACAGUAAACUUCAAGAGCUUAACAUUAGCAGUAAAAAUGACAACCAAAGUCAAAGAAACCAAGGCAUCGAUGGGGGGCCCUCUAUUGUUGACCCUUCUUUGGUCAGGGCAAAGGGGUGUGGAAAACGAUUGAAAUCGUCAAAAGAGACAACAACCUCAAAAGCGAGGCUAUGUCGUGGAUGCGGUCAUCGAGGUGUCUCACACGACAAGCGCAAUUGUCCUUUACUGCAGCAGAGAUCAAAUGCUACAGGGAAGGAUAAUACCAACGACGACGAAUCGUAUGAAGAAGAUUUGGCAUCUAUAGCUGUUAUUAGUCAUAGUAGCCGCUACAACGCUUUGCAAACUAAAGCAAAGCCGAUGCAGCAUCACAUAUCACUUUUUUCAGCGCCUUUAAGCAAUAUGAUAUACAACUACAAACAGGUGUAG